AACACUUGUUAAUUAAACUCUUCUAACUGAAAAGAUUCAGUAUUGUCAUUGUCUCAGGAGAAGAAGUUAUAGUCAUGGAAGUUACAAAGAAGUUGAAGCUAAAGCACUUGAUAUCAAAGGUUUUGAAGGGUGUUCUCUUUUUGGAAAGAAGUAAAGUGUAUACAAGAAGAGGUAACUAUGUGAGAGUUAGAAGCAUUGGUGAUGAUGGUUAUAAAGAGAGUGAAGAAAUAGCAACAACAGUGCCAGAAGGUUGUUUUGUUGUUAUAGCAAUGCAAGGUGAAGAAAGAAAGAGAUUUGUUCUUGAGUUGGAAUAUUUAAGAGAUUCUCGUUUCAUGAAACUGUUGGAGGAAGCUAAGGAAGAGUAUGGUUAUGAACAAGAGGGUGCUAUUGCUGUUCCUUGUAGGCCUCAAGAACUUGAAAAGAUUAUAGAGAAUCGAUGCAAUACCACUUUGUAACACAUGGUAGUGCAAUACUAUAUGUUCUUUACUUUUUUUUUUCUUUAUAUACAUUGGUCUGAUUUUUUUUUAUAUAUAGGUAAGAUAUUUGAAACAGAAUAGUUUUACCUGUUGCUGAUUUGUAUAUUUCAUGUCUCAAACAUAUGUAUAAUUACUGUGUUAAAAGUGAUUACUGUGAUAACUUAUUCUUUAACAGUUAUAACAGAAUUCUUGUGAAAUUAAGGAGUGGAGUAUUUGGUUUGGUCUUAUGUCAUCACCUUUUUGAGAUGAAUGGAUAAAUUAUGAUGUUAA